AUGGCUUCCGAACUGCCCACAUUUCCUCGAGUGGUCUUCACCCUGCUGGAGCCCAUCUCCCUAGUUGCGGGCUGCAUAGGCGCAUUCAUCGAUCCGGAUUGGUUCAUAGCAGAGCAAAUUGCUUCGCCAAUCCCACUCAAGCAUACGGAUAAUGCUCGCCUAGUGGCCCUCCAGCUAGGCAACCUCUACGGUCUCAUAUUCAUGAUUGGGGUUGCAGUCUUGUACACGACUAGCGAGAUCAAGGUAGUCCGUAACUACCUUUGGGCCUGCUGGGUUGCAGACUUGAGUCACAUAGGCCUCACACUUUAUUUGCUCGGAUAUGACAGAUCUAUGGCCGUAUCGCAAUGGAACGCGAUGGCAUGGGGCAAUAUUGGUGCAACGGCAUUUUUCUGUUUGACAAGGACAGCCUAUCUUUUGGGACUCUUUGGAAAGAGCGGAAAGGCACGUCCGAAGUCUGCAUAG